AUUUAUAAUUUAUAACCCACCUCCUCCGACUCUGUGCUAUCAUUGUCACCAUCACCGCCAAAAUUCAAAUGCGACUCACCUUCUUCUUCCCCCUUACCCGUAACCUAUUUAUCCUCAAAACCAGGUUUUAUUACACGUCUGCCACUGUGCUGGACUCGCCUUUCAGUCUCCUCCAUUUCCUCCAUCUCUCAGCUACCCAUGAAUCUCACCAACUCAACAAGCAAGCCCACGCUCGAGUUUUCUUAUUUGGGCUCACUCAAAACCCGUUUUUAGCCUCAAAGCUCGUCUCUUUAUACGCCUCUUUUGGACACAUAACUGAGUCGAGAGCUGUUUUUGACUCAGUUGAAGACAAGAGUAUUUAUCUUUGGAACCUAAUGAUCAAUGGGUAUCUUAGAAGUUACUCAUAUAUUGAAGCUUUUGAUUUGUUUUGCAAAAUGGGUCAUUUUAAUGCAAAACCUGAUGAUUAUACAUUGGCAACGGUUUCGAAAGUUGCUGGCGAAAUCAGGGACUUGAAAGUGGGGAAAUUGGUUCAUUGCCAAAGUAUAAAAACUGGAUUUGUUUUGGAUAUCGUAGUAUCCAAUUCUUUAAUAUCAAUGUACGGAAAAUGUGGAGAAUUUGAGGCGAUGAAGAAAGUGUUUGAAGAAAUGUGUGAACGAAAUGUUGGGUCUUGGAAUGCGUUGAUUUUAGGGUAUGCGAAUUCAGGGGAUUGGAUAUUGCAGAAGGAUUUGUGGGAAAUUGUUAGAAAUAUGCAAAUUGAUGGAAUGAAACUUGAUGAAUUCACAAUUUCGAGUCUUUUAUCUUUGAGUGGUGCUGAGGGUCCUUGUGUAUGUAAUUAUGGGAGGGAACUUCAUUGUUAUAUUUUGAAGAAUGAACUGGAUUCGAGUUUUGGUUCACAUGUUCAUUUGGGUUGUUGUUUAAUCCAUAUGUAUUCGAAGAGCAGUAAAGUCUUGAUGGGUAGAAAUGUUUUUGAUAGAAUGAGGUUUAGAAACGUUUAUGCUUGGACAGCAAUGAUCAAUGGCUACGUGGAAAAUGGAGAUUUUGAUGAAGCGCUGGUUCUUUUUCGGGAAAUGCAGUUGAGUGAUGGAAUAGAACCCAAUAAAGUCUCUAUUGUGAGUGUUCUUCCUGCUUGUAGCUCCUCUGCUAGUUUGAUGGCAGGGAAACAGAUUCAUGGUUAUGCAAUUAGAAAAGAACUGAGCCAUGUUGUGGCUUUGUGUAAUGCGUUGAUUGAUAUGUAUUCUAAAUGUGGGAGCUUGAAUAGUGCAAGACAAGUUUUUGAGAAUGGUUCAUUCUGUAAAGAUGCUAUAUCUUGGACUUCAAUGAUUAAUGGAUAUGGAUUACAUGGAAAGGGUGAAGAAGCCAUAAGUCUGUAUAACCGGAUGCUUUUGCUUGGGAAUAAACCAGACACGAUAACAUUGGUAGGGGUGCUUUCUGCUUGUGGAAGGUUGGGAUUGGUAAAUAAAGGUCUUAGUCUUUAUAACACAAUAACAAAUGAAUAUGGGAUGAAGCCAACAGUUGAGAUCUGUGCUUGUGUUGUUGACAUGCUAGGUCGAUCAGGACAGCUUGAUCAAGCAUUAGAUUUUAUCAAAACAAUGCCUGUUGAACCAGGGCCAAGUGUUUGGGGGGCUCUUGUUAGUGCUUCUAUAAUGCAUGGGAAUAUUGAGAUGCAAGACCUUGCCCAUAGGUUUCUCAUUCAGUUAGAACCUGAAAAUCCUUCAAAUUAUGUCUCACUCUCGAAUUUUCAUGCUUCUUCCAAAAGAUGGGAUGCUGUCGCAGGAUUAAGAAAAAUGAUGAAGGAAAGGGGUUUGAGAAAGGCACCUGGGUGCAGCUGGAUUAACAUUAAUGGCAAGACUCAUUGCUAUUAUGUAGCUGAUAAGUCACAUCCUCAUUCCGUUUCGAUUUAUGAGAUACUAGAUGGUCUCAACUUUAUAAUGAAGGCAGCUGGUUAUCCUAGUGAUUUUGAAGAGUUGACACAGAUCACUAGUCAAAUUAAUUGCUAAGAGGCUCUGCGCGGUUUCCUUUGCAAGUGGAGUCGAUCACUAAUGAGUUGCAUGGUGUUGUGGAUAUAAUUUCUCCAAUCAUGAUCAAAGCUCAAUGAGUCUAUCACCAUCCAUAGAAAAGUCUCUGUUUCGGGUUGGUUUUAUUUAUAGCAUAUUAAUUCUAGUAUUUAUUUAUUUAUUUUUAAUAAAGAACAAUAAUUUAAAGAAUGGUGCUAUCCAUAGUGU